AUUCCGCUUGCAACAUUCCUUUCCCCGCCCAAUCUCUCUCCCUUUAUUGAGGAAUGCCAGCCCUUCAACUUUGGCAUCAUCAACAUCUGCGUCCCGGCUCUAGCGAUUGAAGUCCAGCCGACCGGAGCCAACAAGAGCGUCCAGCAUCGACACGAUCAGCCUCGCUCCUCGUCCGGUAUUCCCGAGCCCGAGAGAGUAGGACAAACUCCGCCGGCAAUAAAGCUCGAAACCAAGGGCCGGACCCAGGAAAUCCCGCCCGACGGCAGCCGGUCUCCCCUUCCGGCCUCCGGCGCCCGGUCGCCGCUGCCGCCCCGGACACCUCUCGGCCGGCCUCCUUCCCGGUCAUUACCAGACCUAAGUGCCGAUGUGCGGAAUGCUCUCUCAGCACCAAAGCACGACGAUGUCAACUACCGCCACAGCUUCUGGACCCGCUGCCGCUGCUGCCGUCGUUCACGGAGCGCCAUCGACCUGCUCCGUAGAGUGGUUCUCGUGCCGCUAGCCGACUUAUUCUGGUUCCUCGAGGAAGCAGCUGAGUCUGUGCCGCCCGUCAUCCCAGCGCUCAUCUCUUGCAUAUUUCUGAUGGUGGCACUGCCGAUGCUGAUUGCGUGGGAUUUCCUCUGA